GAGUGUUAGUAAAACAAAUAAUAACACUAAUCAAUGUGAUAACUAAGCUAAAAUAAGUAACACAAUAGCCUUUAUUAAGGGUUCAAUUAUAUGAAAUAAAUUAUACUCCUUCUGAGUCUUUUAAAUUGCAAAAUUAAUUCUGAGAUUCAAUUCUUUUUUAUUUAUUUUUGGGCAUUUACACUAAAAAAAAAAAAAACAGAGCUCUGUCUUGUGUGUUUUUGGCUUCUCCACCGCCGUUAUAUAUAAAACCCUUUCCUCUGAACCCCAAAAACUCUCGGAGCCACCAUCACACACACGACGAUGACCGGCGCAUUGUUUAGAAACGCUGCCAACGACGCUGCUCGGAUCUUUCGAUUACAGAGAACAGCGGCGACGAGUCCUUUCGUAAAGCUUGAUCCUUUACCGAUAGGAGGAGACGUCCGACGGCGGUUGCAGUCUAGGCCUUAUUUUCGUACGCCUCAGUUCUUCGGGAAAGCAAAAAAGGAAACAGGUGUCUCUGGUUUCUGCUCUUCCUCGUCUUCUUCUUCGGCCGUCUCUACUGCUGGAUUCAUCGGUUGGUAUUUGGGUAUGGUGAAAUCUCGGCCGGUUCUUACCAAAUCCGUCACUUCUUCGCUUAUUUACAUCGCCGCCGACUUGUCUUCUCAGACAAUACCGCAAGAUUCUGUUGAGUCUUAUGAUUUGGUAAGAACAGCAAGGAUGGCAGGAUACGGGUUACUAAUCUUGGGUCCUACACUUCACUAUUGGUUCAAUCUCAUGUCAAGACUGUUUCCAAAACGAGAUUUGAUCACAACGUUUAAGAAAAUGGCCAUGGGACAGGCGGUCUACGGCCCUGUCAUGAAUGUUGUUUUCUUCUCAUCUAAUGCAGCCUUACAGGGUGAAAACGGUUCUGAGAUAGUUGCUAGAUUGAAAAGGGAUCUACUUCCCACGAUGUUAAACGGUGUCAUGUAUUGGCCUUUGUGUGAUUUUGUUACUUUCAAGUUCUGCCCUGUUCAUUUACAGCCACUUGUGAGCAACUCGUUUUCGUAUCUAUGGACAAUCUACAUAACUUACAUGGCAAGCCGUGCGAAGCCAACUGCCAUUUCAAGUUGAAACAGCUCUCUUGGGAGAGCACUCAGUUUUAUAUACUUGGAGGAUUCGAUUAUGUAAUCUAGAAAAUGAAGAAAUUAGAGCCCAGAAGCUUUUUACUAAAAGAAGCACAGCAUUCUUUGAUUUCUCUCUCUGUGUAAAACUAAAAUGUAAAGCAUUUUGCAUUGGUUGCUUUGACCACACAACUUUGACCAGACAAAUGAAAAAUUCACACAAAACUUUACAAGAACCGAAAUUGGCUUUACUUC